AUGAUCAUAGAUAAUGGUGCCAAUUUGAACAACCAUUUGAUGAAGGACAUCUGUGAGCAAUUCAAGAUAACCCACAAAAACUCUACCGCCUACCAGCCACAAGUGAAUGGAGCUAUAGAGGCUGCCAUUAAGAACAUCAAGAGGAUCUUGAGAAAGACGAUCGACAAUUAUAAGAAUUGGCACGAGCAGUUGCCUUAUGCUUUGUUGGGGUACAGGACAACAACCCGAACUUCCACCGGGGCAACCCCGUACCUCCUUGUCUACGGUACAGAAGCGGUCAUACCCGUAGAAGUGGAGAUCCCUUCACUCAGGAUCAUCCAAGAGGCAGAGCUGAAUGAUGCAGAAUGGGUCAAAAAUCGCUAUGAGAAAUUAGCUAUGAUAGAUAAAAAAAGAAUGGUGGCGGACAGCUGUACAGACAAAGAAUGUCUCGAGCCUUCAACAAGCGGGUCAGAGCCCGACUUUUCCAAAUUGGGCAACUUGUGCUCAAACGAAUCUUCUCCAACCAAGAAGAAUACAAAGGAAAAUUCGCGCCGAAUUGGCAAGGACAGUACAUGGUCAGGAAAGUGCUUUCAGGAGGAGUCUUAG